AUGGGUAAUUGUUCUUCUUGUCUAGGGUUGGAACGUAAUCGGGAUUCGACGGACGAGGGUGAAGACCAAAGGCUAUUAUUUGAAAACGAUGCACAUCCUCAUCAUUACGGCAGUUUCGGGAACCAAGAUUCAAAUGCCAUUCAAUCAGAUCCACAAGAAGUUCAAAGGGAGACAGAGGCCUUGCAAAGGGUCGUAGCGCAAACGUCCAAUCAUCUCGUUGAUAUCUUCGCCAUGGUCCCCCAAAAUGUCCCUCGAGCACCCGUCACUAUGUAUAAUGGUCAAGACGCAAGACUAUUGCGGUAUCAGGAAGUUCUAGCCAAGAUGCCAUCACAGGACGGAUCGAGCAAUACAAAACAAACCCCCGUCGAAGGUACCCACCCGAUUUCCGAUGGUUGGGCAUCGGACGAUGAAGAUGUGGAGGAAAUGAAGAAGUACAAGCCGGUCAAAUCAGAAGACGUAGGACCAUUAUUAGGAGGGUUCGCAGAUGCAGAGUCGGCCAUGGAGUAG